AUGGAGCCCCCGGCUGCCGCGGCGGGCUCGCCCGAGCCUGCGGCGGCGUCCUCUUCCUUCCAGGCCCGGCUCUGGAAGAACCUGCAGCUAGGGGUUGGCAAGAGCAAGGGCGGCGGGGGCGGGCGCGCGGGUGUCCCCGAGCGCCGCACUGCGGACACCCCGUCGCCCUCCCCGCCACCCCCGGGGGUUAGGCGGGACGCACUGGCCGGCUUGGGUGGCGCGGGCAGCAGGUGGAGCGGCUUCAAGAAACGGAAGCAAGUGCUGGACCGCGUCUUCUCCUCCUCGCAGCCCAACCUGUGCUGCUCCUCGCCGGAGCCUCUCGAGCCCGGGGAUGCCGGCAGAGCGGAGCAGGGGUCCACGCUGCGCCGGCGGAUCCGCGAGCAUUUGCUUCCCGCGGGAAGGGGGCCGGUAGCAGCCGCCGGAGCAGCCGGAGUGACGCCUCCUGGCGGACGCUCCCCGGACUCAGCUCGCUCUUCGUCCUCUGCCUCAUCCUCCCUGUCCUCCUCACCCCAGCCGCCCCCGAGGGGGGACCGCGCCCGAGAUGAGGGUGCACGGCGUCGGGGCACCGCGGCGCACUUGUGCCAUCAGAAGAGUUCCUCCCUGCCGGGCACCGCCUGCUUGGAGCAGCUGCUGGAGCCGCCGCCGCCACCGCCUCGAGCUGAGCCAGCACGGAGCCCAGCAGAGCCGCGAACCGCGGAGAAGGGCGAGGAGCGCGGCAGCAGCCGGAAAAUAAAUACUGCUGGAACCAGUAAUGCAGAUGUCCCCUUGGCUGAUCCCGGAAUGUACCAAUUGGACAUUACAUUAAGAAGGGGUCAGAGUUUAGCUGCCCGAGAUCGAGGAGGGACAAGUGAUCCAUACGUGAAGUUUAAAAUUGGAGGAAAAGAAGUUUAUAGAAGUAAAAUAAUACACAAGAACCUCAAUCCUGUGUGGGAGGAGAAAGCUUGCCUUCUUGUUGAUCAUCUUAAGGAGCCGUUGUAUAUAAAGGUAUUUGACUAUGACUUUGGACUACAGGAUGACUUUAUGGGCUCAGCCUUUCUGGAUCUCACACAAUUGGAGUUAAACAGGCCCACGGAUGUGACCGUAACACUGAAAGAUCCCCAUUAUCCUGACCAUGAUCUUGGAAUGAUUUUACUCUCAGUCGUCCUUACCCCUAAAGAAGGAGAACACAGGGAUGUGACAAUGCUAAUGAGGAAGAGUUGGAAAAGAUCAAGUAAGGAACUCUCAGAAAACGAAGUGGUUGGAUCUUAUUUCUCUGUGAAGUCUUUCUUUUGGAGGACAUGCGGCAGGACUGCUUUUCCUGUCCUGGGCUUCUGCAGAGCAGAGCUUCAGAAUGCUCAUUACCAAAAUGCACAAUUUCAGACCCAAAGUUUACGUCUGUCAGAUGUACACAGAAAACCACAUCUUUGGAGAGGAAUAGUCAGCAUCACAUUGAUUGAGGGGCGAGACCUCAAGGCAAUGGAUUCAAAUGGGUUGAGUGACCCCUACGUGAAGUUCCGGCUUGGGCAUCAGAAGUACAAGAGCAAGAUUAUGCCAAAAACUUUGAAUCCUCAGUGGCGGGAACAAUUUGAUUUUCAUCUCUAUGAAGAAAGAGGCGGAAUCAUUGAUAUCACUGCAUGGGACAAAGACGCUGGGAAAAGGGAUGACUUUAUUGGCAGGUGCCAGAUCGACCUGUCAGCUCUCAGUAGGGAACAGACACACAAGUUGGAGCUGCAGCUGGAGGAAGGGGAGGGGCACCUGGUGUUGCUGGUCACCCUGACAGCUUCGGCCACAGUCAGCAUCUCUGACCUCUCCAUCAACUCCCUGGAGGACCCGAAAGAACGCGAGGAAAUAUUAAAGAGAUAUAGCCCAUUGCGGAUAUUUCACAACCUGAAAGAUGUGGGAUUCCUCCAGGUGAAAGUGAUCAGAGCAGAAGGGUUAAUGGCCGCUGAUGUCACAGGUAAAAGUGACCCAUUUUGUGUGGUUGAACUGAACAAUGAUAGGCUGCUAACACAUACUGUCUACAAAAAUCUCAAUCCAGAGUGGAACAAAGUCUUCACAUUCAACAUUAAAGAUAUCCAUUCAGUUCUUGAAGUGACAGUUUAUGAUGAAGAUCGGGAUCGAAGCGCUGACUUUCUGGGCAAAGUUGCUAUACCAUUGCUGUCCAUUCAAAAUGGUGAACAGAAAGCCUACGUCUUGAAAAACAAGCAGCUGACAGGGCCAACAAAGGGGGUCAUCUAUCUUGAAAUAGAUGUGAUUUUUAAUGCUGUGAAAGCCAGCUUACGAACAUUAAUACCCAAAGAACAGAAGUACAUUGAAGAGGAAAACAGACUCUCUAAACAGCUGCUACUAAGAAACUUUAUCAGAACGAAGCGUUGUGUCAUGGUGCUCGUAAAUGCUGCAUACUACAUUAAUAGUUGCUUUGACUGGGAUUCACCCGCAAGGAGCCUCGCUGCUUUUGUGCUCUUUCUCUUUGUUGUCUGGAACUUUGAGCUCUACAUGAUACCAAUGGUUUUGUUGUUACUAUUGACAUGGAACUACUUCUUGAUAAUAUCAGGGAAAGAUACCAGGCAACGCGAUACAGUAGUGGAGGACAUGCUAGAGGACGAGGAAGAAGAAGAUGACAAAGAUGACAAGGACAGCGAAAAAAAGGGAUUUAUAAAUAAAAUCUAUGCCAUCCAGGAAGUAUGUAUCAGUGUCCAGAACAUCCUAGAUGAAGUUGCUUCCUUUGGCGAAAGGAUAAAGAAUACUUUCAACUGGACCGUCCCAUUCUUAAGCUGGCUGGCCAUCGUAGCCCUCUGUGCGUUCACAGUCAUCCUGUACUUCAUUCCGCUGAGAUACAUUGUCCUUGUCUGGGGCAUCAAUAAGUUUACAAAAAAGCUGCGGAGUCCAUAUGCAAUUGAUAAUAAUGAACUACUUGACUUCCUUUCCAGAGUCCCUUCAGAUGUGCAAGUGGUGCAAUACCAAGAACUGAAACCAGAUCCUUCUCAUAGCCCAUGUAAAAGGAAGAAAAACAAUCUUGGCUAG